AUGGGCCUUAUGUAUUCGGCCCAUAUUUCUAUUGUUCAAAAAAUAGUUAAACUUGGUUCUGAAAAAAAUAAAUGCAACUUUGAAUUAUUGUCUCUGGUUCUUCAAAACGAUAUCCAUCUGCUGAACCCACCUGCUGAGCUUGAGAAGAGGAAGCACAAGCUCAAGCGUCUUGUUCAGUCCCCGAACUCCUUUUUCAUGGAUGUGAAGUGCCAAGGCUGCUUUAACAUAACGACGGUGUUUAGCCACUCGCAGACGGUUGUGGCGUGUGGAAACUGCCAGACUGUGCUGUGCCAACCCACAGGAGGAAAGGCAAGGCUCACUGAAGGUUGCUCUUUCAGGAAAAAGUAAACACGAUGACUUUCCACUCUCUCAGUCAGCAGAAUCUUUUCUUUUAGUUACUUUCUUCAUUCGUAGUUUCCUUUUAUCGAUUUUGGAUGAGUUAUUUGAGCUAGUAAAAUCCUUGUUAAUUACUUGAGUUUUUAAAGCAUGGAUCUUGGAGUUUAAGUUAAAGUUCCGCUAAU